AUGGCGGGAAACCAUUCUAUCGCGAAUUUUAUAUCCGGUUUACAACGGCCGUCUUUUCAAACAUACAUCGCGCAACUGGAGGUAUAUACGACUAAAACUUGGAAGAUAUGUACGGGGUCAGAAAAGGCACUCCACAUCGCAUGCGAGGAGGGAUAUGAUGCUCUGGUCAUAAGGUUGCUGUCUAAGGAGCGGAGCCUUCGAAACUUGAAGGGGUUGCUCCUUUUGGAGCGGUCAUUGAUUGCUGCAAUCAAUUGUCGACAGAAGUCUGUUGUACGAGUUCUUCUUACGCAUCUACCGACAGGACUAAAAUCGUUCGUUUCUGAUCUGCAAUCCUUUCAAUUACUCCGUCGCAGUAACUCGUAUAAAAAGGCCAACGUGCUUGACACUGCCCUAGGAUAUGCCGCUAUGAAAAACUGGCUAUGGGCCGUCUUGUUGUUCCUGAAGCACGGAGCAAGAGCCUCGUCCCAAAAUAUCCUACAGGGCCUUAAUAAAGCUUCUUCGCGCGGUUAUGAGGAUGUAGUGAGAGUACUGUCCAAGCGUAUACAAGGGCAGAAACGCCGCAAUCUUUUAGGUGCUUUAACCAGUGCUGUUGAGAAUGGCCAUGAAGGAAUUGUCAAGAUUAUUUUAGGUGAUGGUAUGAAGAUACCACAGGACUCUUUUGGUCCAGGUCUGAUACACCUAGCGGCAAAAAAAGGUCACAAAGGCAUCCUCAGACUUUUACUUUCAAAGGCUCCUGGAGACUAUUACGUGUACCCAAAUAUUGAUACAAGCAAAGACCCCUAUGUUUACUCGGCAUCCAAAGAUGGUUCAAGAUACACAUAUGGAGGUCCGAAAAUCAAGUAUGAAAAUUGGUGUUGUUUGCACUUUGCUAUUUAUCACAAGCAUUAUGGAAUUGUCAAAUUCUUAUUAGAAACUGACAGCAUGCCGCGAGAUCAUGUGGAACAUAGAACAACAGCCAUGCCUCUUGCCUCCCAGCGCGGCUGUACUGACAUUGUCAAAUUACUCCUAGCAAAUGGGUUUGAUGCUUCAGCAACAAUGCAAGGACAUUCCGCCCUCGAGCUUGCUACGAGAUACGGUCACACAAAUAUUAUGACUUUGCUUCUGGAUGCCGGGGAAAGAGUUACCUUGUAUCAUUUACUGAACGCUGCAUCAAGUGGUUCUUUACCAGCGGUGUCGCUACUUCUUGACAGGGGUGCGGAUGUGCAAGCAAGUUCUACGUCACGCCAGACUCCACUCCAUGUUGCCGUCGCUCACCAUCAUCUGGAGGUUGUUCGUUUCCUUCUUAAAGCUGGAGCAAAGACAGAAGCUUUUAAUUGCAAUGGGGACACACCCUUGCACCUUGCAAUUGAAGGAAAUCAAGUGGAGUUCGUCCGUUUACUACUCAAAUACGGCGCUGAUACAGAAUCCCAAUCUGGAGUCAAGACAAAAUACGGAUCAAUUGAGACAAAACGUGCCCUUUUUUGUGCGAUUAACUCGAGAAACCCUCAUCUCAUACCCGAGCUUCUUCGGUACGGUGCCAAGUUAGAAUCAGGAGGCGUGGGUGGCACAAGGCCGUUUCACGGAGCGGCUCGUAAUGGAAGCGUCGUUGCACUUGAGACUCUCCUCGCUGCCGGUGCUCAAAUACAUGCCACAGAUGCACAGCAAAGAACUGCCUUGCAUUAUGCAGUAAGAGGGGAUAAUAUUGAUGCAAUAUCUACACUGCUCAGUUGGGGUUUGGAUGUCAACGCUCGAGAUUCUAGUGGCCAAAUCCCAUUGCACCUAGCUACAUAUAAGGUUGUGUCUCCAGCGUAUGACUUGUUAGUCAGCCACGGUGCCGAUGUAGAGGCCAAGGAUAACAAGGGGAUGAGUGUAGCUGAUUGUCAAUAUUCCAGCCAAUUGGCUUGGCACGGUGCGUAG